AUGAGGGAGGACGAACAGCCUACCCAAAACUCAACCUACUGGCUACUGGCUACUGCUGCGCAUUUCGGCCUAAUACGCCUGGCAAAGCUGCUACUAGACGAAGAUGGCGACACGACACGCGACCACUCCCUCUUCCCACCCUCGGUACAGGUGGCUAGUCCAGUGUGGCCCAGGUCGCAUCGUGUGCAAUCCAUGGGGUCGCCGACGCGAGGGGAUGUGGAGUUCUUUGAGCUGGCUUUGGCAUCGUCAGUCGACUACGCCGGCACAGCAGUCAGCUCGGCACUCGACCGGGCCAGAUGGAAGACCAACAAACCAGAAAGCUGCAAGCAUAUCGAGGACCUCACCCCGCCGGCCAGCGACCUCGUGUUGCUAGCGCAGUGCCACGCCUCGUGGGACAACUGUUCAAUGAUACUGUAUCUCGUUGAGAAAGUGGUAGAUAUCCACGAGGCUGCGGCCCAUUGUGUACGUCCCUAA